AUGAGCCGGCAAUGGAUGUACGAUGACCGAUGCUCUCCCCAGUUCGUUGAGGGCGUGCAUAGUUUUCUGCUUGCGGCUGAGGCAAACAAGCGGGCGGAUGGUUUUAUGCCUUGUCCAUGUGCUGGCUGUAAGAAUGGUCACAAUUACUCUACGUCAAGAACCAUUCACGUCCACCUGUUUGAGUCCGGUUUCAUGCCCCACUAUAAUGUUUGGACCAAGCACGGAGAAAGAGGGGUUAUGAUGGAAGACAAUGAAGAAGAAGAGGACGACGGCAUCUAUCCUGGCCAUGGGUUCCCUGAAUACGAUGAUACAACAAUGGGGGAAGAAGCUGAGCCGGUAAUGGGGGAAGAAGCUGAGCUGGCAAUGCGGGAAGAAGCUAAAGAAGAGGCAUCAGAUGAGCCCGUUGAUGAUCUAGGUCGGGCCAUUGCCGAUGCAAAGAGAAACUGCGCAAGUGAUUUGGAGAAGAAGAAGUUGCAGCGCAUGUUAGAGGAUCACAAAAAAUUGUUGUACCCGAAUUGCGUAGGUGACAAGAAAAAGUUGGGCACCACACUGGAAUUGCUGCAAUGGAAGGCAGAGAAUGGUGUAUCUGACAAGGGAUUUGGAAAGUUGCUGGUAAUGAUAAAGGAUAUGCUUCCAAAGGACAACGAAUUGCCCGAGAGUACGUACGAAGCAAAGAAGGCUGUCUGCCCUCUAGGGUUAGAGGUGCAGAAGAUACAUGCAUGCCCUAAUGAUUGCAUCCUCUACCGCGGUGAGUACGAGGAUUUGAAUGCUUGCCCGGUAUGUGGUGCAUUGCGCUAUAAGAUCAGCCGCGAUGAGCCUGGUGAUGUCGAGGGCGAGCACCCCAGGAAGAAGAUGCCUGCCAAGGUGAUGUGGUAUUCUCCUAUAAUACCACGGUUGAAACGUUUGUUCCAAAACAAAGAGCAUGCCAAGGCGAUGCGAUGGCACAGAGAAGACCGUAAGAAAGACGGAAAGUUGAGAGUACCCGCUGACGGGUCGCAGUGGAGAAAAAUCGAAAGAAAGUACGGGAAGGAUUUUGCAGAUGACGCAAGGAGCGUAUGGUUUGGUCUAAGCGCAGAUGGCAUUAAUCCUUUUGGGGAGCAGAGCAGCAACCAUAGCACCUGGCCUGUGACUCUAUGUUUGUAUAACCUUCCUCCUUGGUUGUGCAUGAAGCGGAAGUUCAUUAUGAUGCCAGUGCUCAUCCAAGGCCCUAAGCAACCCGGCAACGACAUUGAUGUGUACCUAAGGCCAUUAGUUGAAGAACUCUUACAACUGUGGAAUGGAACAGGUGUACGUGCGUGGGAUGAGCACAUGGGGGAAGAAUUUGACCUCAAGGCGUUGCUGUUCGUGACCAUCAAUGAUUGGCCUGCUCUCAGUAACCUUUCAGGACAGACAAACAAGGGAUACCGCGGAUGCACGCACUGUUUGGAUGAUACCGACAGUAUAUAUUUGAAUAGUUGUAAUAAGAAUGUGUACCUGGGACAUCGUCGAUUUCUUUCGAGCAGGCAUCCCGUAAGAAAGAAAGGCAAGCAUUUCAAAGGUGAGGCGGAUCACCGGACGAAGCCUCGCCACCGUACUGGUGCUGAUGUACAUGAUAUGGUCAAGGAUUUGAAGGUGAUAUUUGGAAAGGGUCCUGGCGGACAACCUGUUCCGAAGGACGCGGACGGACGCGCACCCAUGUGGAAGAAGAAAUCUAUAUUUUGGGACCUGCCAUAUUGGAAAGACCUAGAGGUCCAAGACGGCAUACAUCAGGGUCAUGCAAGCUACGCUCUUACCAAAGAAGAGAAGGAAAUCUUCUUUGAAUGCCUGCUCAGUAUUAAGGUACCAUCUGGCUUCUCGUCGAAUAUAAAGGGAAUAAUAAACAUGGCAGAGAAAAAGUUCCAGAACCUAAAGUCUCAUGACUGCCACGUGAUUAUAACGCAACUGCUUCCGGUUGCAUUGAGGGGGCUUCUACCGGAAAAAAAAUAUGUUCAUAACCGUGCUAGGCCAGAAGGAAGCAUCUCCAAGGGCCAUCAAAAUGAGCAGGUCAUUGAGUUUUGUAUUGACUUUAUUCCUGACCUUAAGCCGAUUGGUGUUCCUGAAUCGCGGCAUAAGGGCAGACUGGAUGGAAAAGGCACGCUAGGAGGGGAACAAAUAAUAUGUAUGGACGGACAUUCUCUCACUGAAGCACACUACACAGUUCUACAGAAUUCCACCUUGGUGGCUCCGUAUAUGGAUGAACACAAGAAUUUGCUACGCUCCAAACACCCGGAGCGGUCUGAUGACUGGAUUACACGUGAACAAACCAGGAGUUUCGCCAACUGGUUGCAGACACGUACCAUGCAUGACACCUCUAUUGAAGAUGACCUGUACUUGCUGUCCCAGUUACCAUCUUCGAAUAUAAUGACUUUCAAAGGGUACGAGAUAAAUGGUAAUACAUUUUACACGAUCGCCCAAGAUAAGAAGAGCACCAACCAAAACAGUGGUGUCCGCUUUGAUGCAGAAACCAAGACGGGAAAGGAAACAUAUUAUGGUUAUAUACAGGACAUAUGGGAAUUUGACUAUCGACGUGGUUUAAAGGUCCCUUUGUUUCGGUGCAAAUGGGUCAAUAUGACACGAGGCGGGGUAACGGAAGACCCGCAGUACGGAAUGACAACAGUGGAUCUCAACAAUCUUGCGUAUGCAGACGAACCAUUUGUCCUAGCCAAUGAUGUGGCACGGGUUUUCUAUGUGAAGGACAUGUCUACCAAGCCAAGAAAAAGAAAAGAUAAGGAAGCAAAUGCAUCGUACGAUGAGCCAAAGCGGCACAUAGUUCUUUCUGGGAAGAGAAACAUCGUGGGAGUGGAUGACAAGACAGACAAGUCAAAAGAUUAUGAAAAGUUUGAUGAAAUUGCUCCAUUCACAGUGAAUAUUGACCCGAGCAUCCCGUUAAAUGAUGAAGAUUUUCCAUGGUUACGGCGCAAAGGGACACACGCGAAGAAA